UUUAUUUGCUUGUAGCUAUGGCGACUAUAUCUGCGACAACCACCUUAGGCGUUUGGGGAUUUAUUUUGUUGACACUUGUAUCCAUUGGCAACAGUGAGAUCCUGCCUCAAGCGGACUUUAACGUUCAAGGGAUGUCUGGUAACUGGUACCUGAUUGGCUUCGCCACUAACGCUCCCUGGUUUGUGGCCCGUAAGAAAAUCAUGAAGAUGGGAACCGUCCAGAUGACGCCAACGCCCAGCGGAGGGCUGACCAUAGACCACUCCAGUGUCAAGUAAGACAGACCACUCCAGUGUCAAGUAAGGCCUCAUGCAGACGAAGUCUAGUUUGCCUGAACCCGGGGAGAACCGUCUCCGGAUAGCCCUAUCGUGCAGACGAACUAUCCACAUGUAGGUAGAGCAGCACACUAUCCCAAUACAAACAACUAAGCACAGUGGAAAAGUGUAAGUCACGAAAAGGAGCCACGUCAUACAUUUAGUCCACUCCAGUGUCAAGUAAGAUAGACCACUCACUCCAGUGUCAAGUAAGAUAGACCACUCCAGUGUCAAGUAAGAUAGACCAGACGUGUGUCAAGUCGGGGUUUCAAGUCUCUUAUAAUGUGUCCCUGCAUCCCACUGUGUUGAAUUAAACAC